GCUCCAUCUUGUUUACGUUUCGAGACAGCUUUUUCAGUUAUUUCGUGGUUUUUUCACUGAAAGUCAACUUACCUUUUAUUUCCAAUCGUUUAUCAUGAAGUAGUGAUUCACAAAUUAUUAGUGUACUCCUAGGAACUAACAACAGUCAACAUGCUUCGUCGGCAAGCUCGUCUCCGCAGGGAGUAUUUGUACCGCAAGUCGUUAGAAAACAGACAAAGAUCUAUUCAAAAUAAGAAGGAUAGACUGCGUGAUUGUAUUGAAAACAACAAGCCAGUACAUACUGACUUGAAGAAAACUGCCUUGGAACUCCACAAAAAACUUGAGUGGGAAGAUGAGGGUCCCAAAGCUGCAAGUAUGCUUGGAACUGAAGUUGGUGGAACUGACGGCUCGCACGAAGAUGAUGAAUAUCAUUGGGCAGGUGUAGAAGAUCCAAAAAUUAUGGUCACCACGAGUCGUGACCCCUCUUCCAGGCUGAAGAUGUUUGUCAAAGAAUUGAGAUUAAUUUUUCCCAAUGCACAACGUAUGAACCGUGGUGCAUAUGAGAUGAAACAAUUGGUACAUGCCUGCCGGGCCAAUGAUGUCACUGACUUCAUCAUUGUGCAUGAAAAUCGAGGGAAUCCUGAUGGCUUAAUUAUAUGCCACCUACCGUAUGGCCCGACUGCGUAUUUUACGCUCUCGAAUGUUGUCAUGAGGCAUGACAUUCCAGAUAUAGGAACUAUGUCGGAGCAAUUUCCACAUCUGAUAUUUCAUAAUUUUACAACAAAGCUAGGAGAACGAACUAAAAGCAUUCUCAAGUAUUUGUUUCCUGUUCCUAAACCAGACAGCAAAAGAGUCAUAACUUUUGCAAACCAUGACGAUUAUAUUGCAUUCCGGCACCACACUUAUAAAAAGAUUGAUGGAAAAAACAUUGAAUUAGAAGAAGUUGGCCCCAGAUUCCAGUUGAAGCUCUUCAAAAUUAUUCUUGGAACUCUGGACACAGCAGCGUCAGCCGAAAUUGAAUUUGUUUUAAGGCCAUACAUGAACACAGCUGCCAAGCGAAGAUUCCUCUCAGACCAGGAUGGAUGGAAUCAAGAAGAUGAUGUAGAAGUUUAAUCUAAUGCUCUUAAGUUAAGCAAGUUAUUUCUCAUUGUGUAAAUAUGUACAGCUUUUUUAAAUAAAUUCCGUCAUUGAAUCAAA